UUAAUGAAUUAACUCAUGUCAGUAUACCUGUGAUGCUUCUCCCCGAUGAUUUUAAAGCCUUCGGUAAAAUAAAGGUGGAUAAUCAUCAUUUUAAUAAAGAGAAUAUGCCAAGUCAUUUUAAGGUAAAAGAAUACUGUCCACUUGUAUUUAGAAAUUUGAGAGAGAGAUUUGGAAUAGAUGAUGUUGAUUAUAUGAAUUCUUUGACAAAAUCUCAACCAUUGGCAGUCACUUCCCCAGGACGAAGCGGUGCAAAAUUUUACGAAUCGUACGAUCGGCUUUUUAUCAUUAAGACACUUCAAAGUGAAGAAGUAGAACAGAUGCACAGUCUACUCAAACAGUAUCAUCCUUAUAUUGUGGAAUGCCAUGGGAAAACCUUGUUACCACAAUAUUUGGGUAUGUACCGAUUGACAGUUGAAGGUGCAGAAACUUACAUGGUAGUCAUGCGUAAUAUAUUUAGUAGUUCUCUUAAUGUCCAUCGAAAGUAUGAUCUUAAGGUAAUAUUAAUAUUAUAGAAAUUUUACACAAAUUAUGAUUUAUUGUUAAAUUCAAGGAUCAUUGAAAUGAAAACAAGCCAAAGGACAUAUUAGCAAGAUAAUUGUAACUUGCUAAUAUAUUGUUUGGCUAGUAGAAUUGUUCCUGCUUCUCUUCAUCAAAAUGAAAUCUGUCUCUCUACAGAUAUUUCCUCAGUUCCUCAAAAUUGUGAAAGUCAUGGGAUGAAUCUGGGUCAUAUUGCUGGAGUGUUUUCACUGGAAUUUGGAAAGUCAAUCCUUGAUAAUUUUUGCAGUUUGGGGAAAGGCAUUAAUGUGAAGAAGAAUGACUCCUGAGUGAGUAACCCAGGCCACUUGGUCUUGAUUGAUGAUCGGAGAUUUGAGAGUUUCUGAAUACGGCAUUUCUGUAGGCAAGAAACUAUUAACAGUGGGCCCUUUGUAAGAAAGUAAACUACCAUGAUGAUGUGAAAAAAGGCAGACUAUUAUUACUUAUCAUAUAAUUUCACAGCUACUUGUUAGUGUAUCAUAAUACUAUAGUGGUGCCACUUGUAAUUUAUGCCAAAGAUGCUGCAAUAAACCCAUUCUGUAUUUUAUUGUAUCCUUUGGCAUGUUUUCAUCUGAAUGAUUCUAUAUAAUAGUUUGAUUAAGUUUGGAAUAUUAUAGCAUUAGAGAGGAGUAACACUGAAUAGUUUUGUGACAUUGCUCUCUGAUAUAUAUCAUUAACUGAAAAAGUUUUAUUAGAUGUUUACUAUUUAUCUUUAUCACAUACAGUUUCAGUUGUACCUUAGAAAACAUAAUAGUUUGACCAAGGCAUCUCUUAUUGUAUGAAUAAAAUAUUUGAGAAUAUCAACUGGAACUGUUAAUAUACAAAAUGUUUGCUAUCCAAUAUAUAUUAACAGCUAUAUGUCCCUACUUGGAAGUAUGGUAUUUGUUCUCAUAACUUAUUUUUCAUGCUGUAGGCUGUUUGUAUCUUGUACAAAGUUGUGUUUUGUAGUUAACUAAGACAUCUUCGGAUAUAAUGGACAAUUAACAUUAUUGGAUGUUUGCUUCUCUUUAUUAGUUCUUUAUUCUUGACUGUUAACGUAAUGAUCUAAACAAUUUUAAAUGAACUUAUUCUAAACUGGUCAUCAAAUGUUUUU